AUGGGAUAUGAUGAUGUCAUAGAGAAAUUAGGUGACUUUGGAAGAUACCAGAAGAAGAUAUAUUUUUUGUUAUGUUUACCUGCCAUCAUAUGUGCAUUCCACAAGCUGGGCAAUGUUUUUUUGAUUGCUGAACCAAACUAUAGGUGUAUGUUACCAAAUGAGUUCGAAAAUGCAACCUACCAUUUGAAUAAAAGUAUUUUAGAAAAAAAUUAUCCAUGGGAUUCACUCCACCACCGGUAUUCCUCAUGCGAUAUUUUAGUUGAUAACAAAACCCAACCAUGUGAAAAAUAUAUAUAUGAUCAAGAUGUGUAUGGAUAUACAUCUGUUAUUGAGUUUCAACUGACAUGUACAAGAGCAUACCUGAUAGCAACAUCCAAUUCUCUUUUUAUGGUUGGAGUUAUGAUUGGCUCCAUUGGAUUUGGCGAAAUGUCAGACAGGUAUGGACGUAAGAAAACGUUCUUUAUAUCAUUAGUGACACAAGUGGUUGUAGGAGUGAUAGCGGCGAUAGCACCGGAGUUUUGGACAUUUACUAUUGCCAGAAUUAUUGUUGGAGCAACAACUUCGGGGGUAUUCUUGGUUGCAUAUGUUAUAGGUUUGGAAAUGGUGGGUCCAUCUAAAAGGUCUAUAGCUGGGACGAUUUGCCAUAUGUUUUUUUCUAUUGGGUAUAUGUUGACAACCCUGUUUGCACUCUACAUUCCGCAUUGGCGUCAUUUGCAGUUUGCUCUAACAAUUUCUGGAGUUUUAUUUUUAGGAUAUUGGUGGUUUAUUCCUGAGUCAGCAAGGUGGCUUAUAAGCAAAAACAAAAUUUCGGAAGCCAAAAGACUAAUUCAAAUAGCAGCUAAAUGUAAUAAAGUCACAAUUUCAGAUGAAACACUAGAUUCAUUGUUAGUUUCAAGUGAAGAGGUCAAGAAUAAUGGAAAGGAGUCUGCUAACACUUCAGUACUGGAUCUCUUUAGAUAUCCCAACUUGAGAAAGAGAGCAAUCAUCAUAUUUUUUGAUUGGUUUGCCAACAAUAUCACCUAUUAUGGUUUGUCCUGGAACACAAAUAACUUGGGCGGCAACCCUUAUUUGAAUUUCGUAAUCUCAGGGGCAGUGGAGAUUCCAGCAUAUGUUUUUUUGAUGCUUUUCCUCAACGUAUUGGGCAGAAGAAAUCUCAUGUGCGGCUGUAUGAUAUUGGCUGGUAUUGCUUUACUAUUGACAAUGGCAGUGCCAAAAGAUCAACAGUGGCUAAUUGUAACUCUCGCUAUGAUUGGUAAGCUAUCGAUAACGGCCAGUUAUGCGGCCGUGUACAUUUUCUCCAGUGAGCAAUUCCCCACAGUCAUCAGGAACGCCGGUCUGGGGGCGGGAUCCACUUGCGCGCGUGUCGGCUCCAUCAUCGCACCAUACAUGAAUAUAUUGACACAUGUUUGGCAACCCCUUCCUUUAUUGAUUUUUGGCAGUUUGUCUUUGUUGGGGGGUAUUAUGUCUCUGGUUUUACCGGAAACUCUUAAUGAAGUAUUGCCAACCACCUUUGAGGAAGGCGAGGCUUUUGGAAAAAAAAUUAAGGUGGUUCCAUCCGAAGUUGAACCUCUCAACGUGAUCUCAGUGAAUGAUAAAAAUGUACCUGAAGAAGCCUCCAAUGGAACCGGAUAGUAGUCAAAGCUAGAUGAACUGAUUUUUUCAAAUGAUGAUAUCCCAAAUCCAU